ACUGUGAGCGUCACUCCUCUUCCUCCCGAGUCUCUGAUUCCUCCUGAAACCGGCGAGAAGCACAAACUGCCGCUCAUCAGUCUGAAAGGGGAGGUCCUGUGCAGUCAGAAGGACUUCAGGAUCAACAUUUUCAUCCCGGGAGACGAGGAUCUGAUCCUCCUGACGCUCGGAUCGGCCGCUUCCAGGCUUCUGUUGGACGCUGAUCCACGAUCUGCGGACUCCCUCCAAGAUGUUGUGGCUCCAGCUGAUGUUGAUGGAGGUGAUGCUGCAGAGGACUUCCUCCCUAUAGAAGACCACAAUAUGGAGCUGGACCAGGAACCAGAGGAGCAUGUGGACCGACACCAGGUUCUGAGUGAAGGCAGGACGGUCCGAGAGAGACGGCAGGUCGCUGACGACCACCUGAGGAGGAAGGAGGAGGAGACGCCACCUGCUGUGAAUGCGUGGGCGCUCCACGACCCGUACGCUGUACUCGGGGAGGAUAAGCCGUUGAAAACAGGAAAAUGCUACAAGGUUCCUGACGGGCUGGACGACGGUGGAAAGAGGAAAAGGAAAAAACCUGCUCAACUGCAGGACUUCCAGAGCUGGUUGAGAGGAACCUUUGAUCCUCCGGAGCCCAAGUUAAAAAAUGGACCCACGUUCACAGACCUGAACUACGUUUAUUUGAGCACAAUGAAAGACAAACUGAAGACUCGGAAGAGGAUCAACAGGAAAGCGGGUGUGGUCGUGUCUGAUGAGGAACUGAGGCGCACUUUCCUGCAGCUGGAGGAGGCGGAGCCAGGUCAGCAGGGGGAGGAGCCUGCGGAGGGAUUCAGACACCCCGACCUGCUGGGUGGAGACGACGACACCUCGGACAACGAACACGAAGCGUUUCCUGACGACGUUCCAGCGGAGUGUGUUGGAGGAGCAGACUUCAUGUCUCCAGACGAUCAGAGAGACGAGCUGAGUUACGAAGAGCUGGUGAAGCUGCGUAUAGAGCAGCUGGUGGUGAACAGUCGCGGUUACACUCAGGAAACCGCUCUGUCCCGCAGAGUCAAAGACUGGGAGGACAAGAUCCGGCCUUUACUGCAGCUGCAGGAGGAGCGUGACGUGUUCGACAUCCACGACUACGGCGACAGGAUAGUCGGAGCGCUGAACGCCGUCGGCCAGCGGCGAUCUUUCGCCUCCAUCGUCGCCGGCUUGGAUAACUUCGAAGCCUGCAAAUACAUGCUGGCUUCACUGCAGCUGGCGAACGACGGCACGGUGGAGGUGGACAGCUGCGGCGUUCUGGAGGCCGGCGUGGACUCGAUGGGUCUGACGCUGCUCAGCACCGACCGGGCCACCGACAGAUUUAAAAACCUGACGGACUCCGCCUGAAACUGCCUUCGGACACACGAGCGCUCCAGUCUCCCUGAAGGUGUUUUACCGCCGCCGAGGUUUCAUCGAUCGAUCAUGCUCCUGUAAAUAACAAGUUGAGAAUAAUGUUCACGAGUUUCAUCCAACAGCUGUUUGUUAAAUAUGAAUGUUUGUAAUAAAAACUGCGUUGAAGAGCAAA